UGUGUAGUGCGUGCGUGUCUGUGAAGCAGCGGGGAGCGACCAAUCGGUCGCGUUGCGGUUUCGCAUCGGUGGAUAGCCGGCAUCCCAUUGUUUUCGCGAUAAAGGGACUAUCGAGUCUUGUUCCGCCCCGGCUUCGUUUUCCUCUUUCCCUGCGUCGUUCGCAUCGUCAGCGGCUUCAUCGCUCGUUCGUGAUUGCGGGAUCGUAGGAGCCAUGGAGGCAGUAGACGAGCACCGUUUAAUCGAGCCAACGGGUGAUGAAGAAGUGGAAGUGGCCUUCUCUGGCGGGCCGGUUGGCCGCGAAGGUCGGGAUUCGGGUGGCGCCGCUUUGGCGAGCGGCCGUGGCCGGGCCCCAUCGUGGGGUGGCGAGGGUGGUGAGGAGGAAGAGGAGGAGGAGCUCAAGUACGGUGCCAAGCACGUCAUCAAGCUGUUUGUGCCAGUGUCACUGUGUAUGCUCGUCGUGGUGGCCACCAUCAGCUCCAUCAACUUCUACCGGCACACCAACACCUACCUCGUGUACACGCCGUUCACCGACCAGACGGUAGACACGGGCACCAAGGUGUGGCAGUCCUUUGCCAAUGCCUUCAUCCUCAUGGGCGUCAUUGUGGUCAUGACCAUCCUGCUCAUUGUCCUGUACAAGUUCCGCUGCUACAAGGUAAUUCACGGAUGGCUCAUACUUUCCUCACUCCUGCUGGUCUUCCUCUUCGCUUACAUAUUCCUGGGAGAGGUGCUGCGGGCGUACAACGUGCCCAUGGACUACCCGACGGUGGUGUUUGCCAUGUGGAACUUUGGCGUGGUCGGCAUGAUCUCCAUCCACUGGAAGGGGCCCCUGCUCCUCCAGCAGGCCUACCUCAUCCUCGUCUCGGCGCUCAUGGCGCUCGUCUUCAUCAAGUACCUCCCCGACUGGACCGCCUGGGUCGUCCUCGGAGUCAUCUCUGUCUGGGACUUGAUUGCCGUGCUGUGCCCCAAGGGACCCCUGCGGAUCCUCGUCGAGACGGCUCAGGAGCGCAACGAGCCCAUCUUCCCCGCACUCAUCUACUCCUCUGCCAUGGCAUGGUGUGUGGUGACAAUGGCCGACCGGGACCCCUUCUACACCAACCAGAACCAGCUGGGUGCGCAGAGUGACGCCUCGUCAGCAGCGUCAACUGACAGCCCCGGCCAGCGAGCAGAGGGUGGAGACACGGAUCCCCCCGUUGAGGUUGAACAGCCUCGGAUGCGCGGAGAGAGGAUACGGCGGCGCUCACAGCGCGGCAGCGCUGUCGUCAAUAGCGGCACACUGGCCGGUGCCACCGACAACGCCAGCGACCUCCCCCACCAGGAAGAAGAAGAGAGAGGAGUCAAGCUUGGCCUGGGCGACUUCAUCUUUUACAGCGUCUUGGUGGGGAAGGCGUCCUCCUACGGUGACUGGAACACGACUGUCGCCUGCUUCGUGGCCAUCCUCAUCGGUCUGUGCUUAACUCUGCUCCUGCUGGCCAUAUUCAAGAAGGCACUUCCGGCUCUGCCGAUCUCGAUCACAUUCGGCCUCAUCUUCUACUUUGCCACGUCGUCGCUCGUCCAGCCGUUCGCCGACAGCCUGGCAAGCGAGCAAGUCUUCAUAUGAACGCCUCUCCUCCGCGAAAGCCACGUUGCGCGAGGAAGUUGCGGCAACGACAAGUCACCUUCGCACUGUGAA